CAAAAUCCAUAACUUUUGCUUCCCUUUUGUUUUCUUCACUUAUUGUUCGGUUGUUCGGUUGUUUGGUCGGUUGGUUACCAGACAGAUAACGAUGCAGCUUUCUGUUUCUGAAGAGGAAGAAAGUGCAACAGCUCAUGUGACACUUUCAUCAUAAAUAGGCCCAUCAACCAGGAAAACACUAUCAGAGGUUCGACACACAGCAGCCAUGACGAUUACGGAUCAACGCACAAUGUUUGCGAGCCUGCUGCUCGUCUGCCUGUGUGUCGAGGCAGCGGCCAUGAUUGACAGCCGGCUGGACGACCACUGGGAGCUGUGGAAGAAGACGCACGAGAAGAAGUACCACAAUGAAGUGGAGGAUGUGCGCCGCAGGGAAUUGUGGGAGAAGAACCUGAUGCUCAUCACGUUGCACAACCUGGAGGCCUCGAUGGGGCUUCACACCUACGACCUCGGCAUGAACCACAUGGGAGACUUGACUCAAGAGGAGAUCCUGCAGUCGUACGCCACACUCAGUGUUCCCGCUGAUCUCCAGAGGGCACCAUCCACCUUUGUGGGGACAUCCGGGACCGAUAUACCCGACACCAUGGACUGGAGACAGAAGGGCUGUGUCACCAGUGUGAAGAUCCAGGGUUCAUGUGGCUCCUGCUGGGCCUUCAGUGCCGCCGGGGCCCUGGAGGGCCAGUUAGCCAAGAAAACAGGGAAGCUGGUGGACCUCAGCCCCCAGAACCUGGUGGACUGUUCAAGCAAAUAUGGCAACCACGGCUGCAACGGUGGCCUCAUGCACUAUGCCUUCCAGUACGUCAUCGACAACCAGGGCAUCGACUCGGAUGCUUCGUACCCCUACACGGGACAGACACAACAGUGCUACUACAACCCGAUGAACCGCGCCGCCAACUGCUCCAAUUACAGCUUCCUGCCCAGAGGGGACGAGGGCGCUCUGAAGCAGGCUCUCGCCACCAUUGGACCCGUUUCUGUGGCAAUUGACGCCACACGGCCCACAUUCCUCUUCUACAGGAGUGGAGUGUACAAUGACCCGAGCUGCACCCUGAGAGUGAACCAUGGGGUUCUGGCUGUGGGCUACGGCACACUGAACGGGGAAGACUACUGGCUGAUAAAAAACAGCUGGGGACCAGGCUUUGGAGACCAGGGCUACAUCCGGAUGGCACGCAACAAGAGCAACCAGUGUGGUAUCGGUCUUUACAGCUGCUACCCCAUCAUGUAGCUGCAGAGGAAACAAAUUGAAUCAGAUGUAAAAUUGAAGUUCCCGUCGAUUUUAUGUAUACAGCAUAUUUACAGAUUAAUGUUACAUUGAUUCUAACAUUUUUCAACAUGUUUUGAGUUCAUCUUGAUGCACCUGUGUACAACAAAAGCAAAUGACAAGACUUUGAAUACUACAAUUAAACACUAUUGAACUUCUUGACCAUGUGUUUGUGUGUGUGUGUGUGUGUGUGUGUGUGUGUGUGUGUGUAAGAAUCUGCAAUAAAGACCCAGAUGUACUCUGUAACGUCGGCCUUUCAGUAAAUAUCAGCGUUCUGACGCGACGAAGGCCAAGAUCUGAUUUUACACCAGCAGUUCCAGGUUUGUCAGUCUGUUAAAUCUGCCAUGAAAACCGCCUGAAAGGAUUCCAUUGACUCUUUGGGAAAUUGGCUUGUUGGUCAAUUUAGCUAUUACAUGUUACGACAGAAGGAAGGCCAAAAUCAAUAGCCGUGUCUCUGGUAAACAUCUCAGCCCUGUGCACAUGCUGAUGUGAUAGCAUAUCAUAUAGAGGACCAGCUGCCUGCAGG